AUGAACGAUGUAUUGGGUAUUCUCCACCAGGUGGUAGAUACAGCGCACAGGUUUCAAGUACAAUUGGAUAAAUUUGACCAUACAAUUCACAGGAAUGAGUUUCCUGAAGCAAAACAGAUAUUAUCGCAACUUGAGCAAUUACUAAUUUACUUAUUUAAUCCUUCCAAUACUCACAACGCAGGUUACAUUGACAAUAAUGGCAAAUGGGAACAUGAAUGCUCCAGUGAUGAAUUAACUGAUGUCAUUGAGGAGUUUAUAACCACUUCCGAUGAUUCUGACCCACCCGGUGUAUGCCUAUUUAUCUUUUCAGAAAUGUACAACAGACGUGCAUUGCAAUUCCAAGAGAAAUUGCUAAAUCACACUUUAUCCCAAUUUAAAUCCGCCUUUACAAGUUCCAAAAUUUGCAUAAACGAUCUUAGAGAACUAACUCUAAUUGGUAACUCUAAUUACCAGAAUAAAUUUAUAGUGGGUAUGGAGAAAUUGUUAACGACUCAACUAUCAAUAAUUGAAACUAAAUCCCUGAACAUUUUUAAUGUCAACUAUAUAAAAUCCAAAGACUUGGAGAAGUGUAAAGUUAAACAAUUUUUAGAUGUUAUUGACAUUCUUACGCAACUAAAUUUGGAAUUCAGUAAGAAACUUAUUUAUUAUGCCUUUCAAAUAAUUUGUAAAAAUUUGAUAUCUGAAUUCGAUUAUUUGGAGGCUAAAAAUAUUAUAGAUAUGGAAUUUCCCAAAAACUUGCACUUUGAUCCGAAAGUUGAGUUUGGCAAAAUCGCGAAUGAGGAGAUGUCAUUCCACUACAUAACAAUAGCGUCGCAGUUUUUUGAAUCUCAACAAGGUUUUUCAGUUCCUGUAGUAUUUUCUGAUGAGCUAUCUAGCUUUUCCAAAUUCAUAAGCAAUCUAAUCUUCGGAUGUGAAGGCUUGCUGGACCAGGAGCUUAAGAUGCGAGUGCAGAUGAUAAUGGCUUGCAUAUGUGCCUAUAGCGCUUCUUUUGGGAAGCUCAUCUCAGAACACAAGGAAGACAUCAAUAAAUUGCUACAUAUAUUUACAAACUUCACGCUAAUAAAGUACGAGAUAACAAAGAUGUUGACAAAGAUUGAGCUUAGGCCAAUAUUCGUUCCACUGGAUUUUUCUCAAUGCAUCGCAGAAUUGGCACUCAAGGCAAUUUUACGGAAGAUAAACAAUGAAAUGGAAUUAGAUACGAAUAAAGGUUAUAUAAUUGGCGAGGAUAUAAUGAUUAGAUUAUCUAGAUAUCCUAAAUUACCAGCAUUCAAUAGGCUGUUUAAUUUCAUAGUAGACAUUGCUCAUUUCAACCUGAUACGAUCUGUAUAUAGGUCUCUGGAAAGCGGAGAUGAUAUUGACGAUUUAUUGGACAAAUGCCAAAGCAUGAUGAAUAUGAUUUCUGAAAACAGGCCAUCUCUCGUACACAGGGAUUCGGAGCUAAGGGCAAAAUCUCGUUUGUUGGUUAAGAUACUGGAAAAUCGCAAUGUAGAUAUUUUGGAUUUCACCGGUUCUUUUUUCUCAGAUGAUGAAAUUUCGCAUUUGCGCAAGCUUGUAUAUUGA